AUGUGGAUACUACCCUUACUGGGCUAUCUAGGUGUGAUAGUCGGAUUCUCCUUCCUCACCCUUGCCAUAGCAUCGGGCCUCUACUACCUCUCCGAGCUCGUAGAAGAACACACCGUGCUCGCCCGCCGCCUGCUCACCCGCCUCAUCUACGGCAUAAUCAGCAUCCAGAUCCUCCUCUGCCUAAUUGACCGCUUCCCGCUGUCCCUCUCGCUGCUCAGCAUAAUCUCGCACCUCGUCUACGCCAGCAACCUGCGGCGCUUCCCGAUUGUCAAACUCUCCGAUCCGCUCUUCAUCCUCUCCUGCGUGCUGGUCGGCCUGAACCACUGGCUCUGGUUCCGGCACUUCUCGCGGCCGCUGCCGCUGGCGCCGCGCGGCGGCGGCAGCUGGCGGCAGCCGUACGCCGUCAGCGUCGAGGACAUGCCGACCUUCACGGAGGUGGCGUCGUAUUUUGGGCUGUGUGUGUGGCUUGUGCCGUUUGCGUUGUUUGUGAGUCUGAGUGCGGGCGAUAAUGUGCUGCCUACGAUGGGGUCGGAGUAUGCGACGGGCGAGCGGGUGUCCAGCGCGGGACUGGGGCCCGCGGGACUGGCGUCGGAUGGGAAGAUGAAGAACAAGGGCAUGGCGAAAGCGUUGGUGGAUGGGGUAAGGGAGUUUGUGAGGGAGAAUGGGGAGCUGAUGGGGUUUUGGAGGGGUGAACGCUCGAAACGGUUCUAA